AUGAACAAGGAUUAGAGAAAUAAAAGAAAAAUAUAUUUUACUCUUCUAAUAUUUAUUACUAAACUUAAUCCAAAAUAAAUAAUGUUUGAUUAAAAAUAAAAAAUAACUCUUGUAAAUAAGGAUUUAUUAAAUAAUCUAGAAAAAAAUUAAUUCCAAUUUUACUGUAAUUCAACACCAAAAUUGAUAAAUUCAUUAAAGAUAUAGGAUUACAAUAGACUUAAAAUUAAAGUAUCACAAAAUUAAUUUAGAAUAAAGUAAAUUAUUAUGUUGAUAAAGAGAAAAAAUAAGAGAAUUAUUAAAAAGUAUAAAAUUAUAAAAACAGUAUACUGUUUAAAGAAAAAACUAAUUGGACAAAUUAGUAUGUAAAAAAGAUGCAAUGUUGGAGUAAUAGAAUUAAAAUAUUAUUGAAUAGUUUGGAUUUGAGUAGUUAUACAAAAAAUAAAAUAAUGUUAACUAUUAAAUUAGCAAAACUUUUUAAUAAAUUAAAAAAUUUUGAUCACUAAAUUUUCAAAAUUAUUUAAUAUUGGAGUUUGUUUGAUGUUCAAUGGUAAUAACUCAUUAAAAUAAUCUGUUUAGUGAUUUCUUUUAUUUUGAUAUUUGUUUAAGGGUGUUUGAUUAUAUAUUUGGAAUAGGAUUUUUAGAUUGUAACUUUGAUAAAGCAAUAGGGAAUGUGAUUGGAGGAAUUUAGAAUAGAGUAGAUUAUAAAUAAUAUAAAAAAAAACAAGAAUUCAUAACAAGAUUUUAUUUUUAUGGAAAGCUUUUUUGUGAUCCUGACAAAUUGAUAAUGAGUUGUUUAACUCUUAAAAUCAACAUAAAUUUUUAUCUAAAAUCUGAUGAAAAAAAAUAGUUAAAAUUUUGA